ACCAAAUUCUGGAACGAAAAACACAUCAGUUUAAACAAACAUGUAUUCACCUAAAAAAUGUAAUCAUUCCUCAUUUAUAUUCUCUACAGACUCAAAAACCACGUUGAUAUUAUGCGACGACUUUGUUUCGAAGGCUUCUACAGUAAAUUGCCGAGUAAUGGCGCCACCUUUGCCAGCACCUAGAAGAAUUGGUCCUAUUUGAAAUCAUUCGCAAUGACAUAUAAAAUGUUGUUUGUGCCAACUGUGGGACCAGGUUUUGCAGAGCGGAAUAAAUUUCCACGACAUAGUGAUAUACAAAGGCAUCGCAGUAAUGGGAGGUACUAUGGUGUCGCUUGGCGUACGGCGAUUCUCAAUCACGUUGGCUUCAUUAACAUAGCCAGCUACAAUAACUGGCCGGAUGGCAGUCAAAUUGAGGAGGUCAUUCCGAAAGCUGGAUUUCUAGACUAUAAUCCUGGUGCCAAAACUAAGUAUAUAGAUUUAACUACACACUGGGUGGGCAAUUUCUUAAAGACACGUAAUGAGGCGGCCGCUGUUGCUAUUCCCG